AUGUUCAAGCUGGAGAUCUGGGAGACCCUGCUCACCUCCAUGAAGUUCGGAGAGGUGGCCGAGUUCUGCACACUGGCCUCUACCCCCUGGUGGCCACACACACACAUCGCGGAGGGCAAGGACCCUGUGGACUGGCACAUCCAUUGGUGUGGCAUGGCCAACAUGUUUGCCUACCACACCCUGGGCUAUGAUGACCUGGACCAGCUACAGAAGGAGCCUCAGCCUCUCUACUUUGUACUGGAACUGCUCAGGGUGCACUGGCCCAGUGAGUAUGACAGGGAGUCGUGGGCUCUGAAUGAUGAGGAGAGGCUGAAGGCUGUGCCCUUGCUCCACGGCCAGGGGAACAAGCUCUAUAAACUGGGGCGCUACCAGGACGCCACCAACAAAUACAAAAAGGCCAUCGUCUACGUCAAGAACAUACAGCACAAGAAAGCGUGGGAAACCCCCAGGCUGAAGCUAGAGAAGAUAGAGAACAUGCUGACUCUGAACUACUGCCAGUGUCGACUCCGUAUGGAGGAAUACGAGCUCAUAGAGCACAUCAGCACCCAGGUACCUCAGGCACACAAAAUAUGUGAAAUGAAGGUGUUCUACGUGCGAUGGAGGGCCCACAUGGAGGUGUGGAUCGAGGCUGAGGCGCGGGCUGACUUCGAGAGGCUUCUAGAUCUGGACCUUGGCAUGAAGAAGGCUGUUAAGGAGGACCUGGGUGUUCUCAACAUGAGGAUGGAGUUGAAGAAUGAGGAGGAUAAAGUCAAGUACAAGGGCCUGUUCUGA